AUGGAUCCUACAAGCAGGGUAUCUAUUCAUAGUGAAGAAACAUCACUUUUAGUUCAUCGAGCAAAGAUUAGUCCUGGUAUUUCACUUGCUCACGCAAAAGCACUAGCUCCAGGGACAGCUAAAUAUCCUAUAACUAGAGUAAACGUAAAAGCACUAACCAUUCAUGCUGGUAUACAGAGCGAGAUACUUGAUAAUGUAGUACUUGGACAACUACCUAAGAGAAUAAUCAUUGGAUUUGUCGACAAUGCUGCAUACAACGGAAAUGCCUUGAAAACCCCACUUAAAUUUCAAACUUAUAAUAAAAAUCACUUUUCACUAUAUGUGGGCGGCAUGAAGAUCCCAUCGAAACCUAUUCAACCAGAUUUUACUAAAAAUAACCUCUACGUUGAUGCAUACCACUCAUUGUUCACGGGGUGUGGUAUUCAUUUCCUCAAUGAAGGAAAUAACAUAGAUCGUAAUGAUUAUGCACACGGAUUCUGUCUUUUUGCAUUUGAUCUUACACCAGAUUUAUCAGCACAUUGCUACUUACACUGGAAUCUUGUAAAGCAUGGAUAUUCAAGAAUUGAGGUUCGUCUCGAAGAAGCACUCGAACACACUAUCAAUUGUCUGGUUUAUGCCGAGUACGACAAGGUUCUGGAAAUUGACGGUUCAAAACAAGUUAUUGCAGACUACAGCAAUUGA